CUCCGUUUCACCUUCGUCAGCCAGGAUUUUAUUUGUCUAAAUAUUCAAUCUUCCAAUUCCAAGUUUAAAAGAGUAACCAAAAGAGAAGAAAUCAAGGCUUUCAAAUUUCAAUCACAUUGUUGCAGUGCAAAAAUGGCAUCCCACGAUCAGUCCUUCAGAGCUGGUGAGGCCACUGGCCGAGCCGAGGAGAAGGGUAACCAGGUGACUGACACCAUGAGGGAGAAGGGCAGAGAAGUGACGGACAGGACCUCAGAGACAGCUGAACAGACCAAGCAGAAAACAGCAGAAACCGCAGAGGCAACUAAGGAGAAGGCUUAUGAAGGGAAGGAGAAGACCAAGGGGGUCCUCCAGCAAACUGGGGAGAAAGUGAAGCACGCUGCUCAGAGUGCUGCUGAAACUGUAAAGAGUACGCUUGGGACGGGUCAACAUCACGAUGAUGAGAAUAAGAACCAUACUGGUGGUUAUGAGCAAACUACUACUAACAUGGAAUCCGAGUAUUAGCUAGCCUGGCUUGACACACCAACCAAUGGAAGGUUUCAGCUAGUUUCAUAGGUUUAUUAGAGACUUCGUUUUUCUUUGUUUUAAGUAGUCCUGUCACCACCAUGGCUCUAUAUGUGUAUAUGUUGGUGUGUUCUGGGACUUUCUAUGAUUAGUUUUAGCAUUUUACGAGGGAGGUCCAGAAAUAAAAGGGUGUAGUGUCUGGGGCAGCUUCUUAUGAGUUGCUGCCAUUGUAAUUUUUUAUGCAACUUUGUUACGCAAAUAAUGUGCCUAUAAAAAUGUUACUAUUAAUA